AUGAGAGAAGAAAUUUAAAUAAAUUAAGUAGACUUCAAUGAAUUCAAAUGUCCAAUAUGUAUUCAGGUUUUCUAUAAACCAAUCAAAACAUCUUGUGGGUAAAACACUAAUUUUACUUUAGACACAAUUUUUGUGGCAAAUGCAUUUCUAAAUGGAUGUAAAAAAGAAAAUAAUGCCCUUUUUGUCGAAGAGACUUUCCUAAUUACAACUUUUAUGAAAAAGAUAAAUAAAUGGAAUUAAAAGUUGAAAUGUUAGAAGUUACAUGCUUAAGAUGUAAUAAUUGGAGUGGUCACCUAAUAGAAUUAAAAAAUCAUCGAUAAAAUUAUUGUUUAAAAUCAUCAGAAAUCAUGCUCUAGCCAAAUAAUUUUUUAAUUAUUUAAGAUGACCUUGAAGACCCUCAAUAAAUUAUAAUGAAUGAAAUUCUUUAAAUUACAAAAUAAUAGAAUUAUAUCAAACUUUUGGAAUUUGAAAACAGCUUGAUUUCUUAAUAUAAUAUUAAAAACAAUGAGCCAAAUUUAAGAAAAAAAAGAAAGAUAAAUGAUUUACAAUAGAUAGAUUAAGAAGUCCAAGAAUUAUCGAAUGAUGAAAUUAAAUACCUAAAAAAUUCAGAGAAUUAUUAAAUAAGCCAAAUAAAUAAAAGGUUUCAAUUAUAAAAUAAAUUUCUAAAAGAUAUAAUGGUAAGCCAAUAUUAAGAUGAAACAAAAAAAUUUUUUGCUCAACUUCUAAACUCUCAGAAUAUUUUUUUAUUUACGAGUAUGAUCUAAAAAUAUUUAUGA